AGAGUUCACGUGAGACCGGAUUUUACCGUGAAUUGAGUUCACUCCUUUAUUGUCUGCUUUCCUACUUUUCUAUCAGAAAGCCAUCGCAAAGCCGUCGUUGCUGUGUACUCAACUACACGAACAUGAAGCUUCAGGAGAUUUUGUGCACUUACCUUGUGGCUUUAUUGAGCUGUGUAAGAUCUUAUCCUAGUGGGGCUCCACCAGAUCAAGCAUGCAAGACCAUGUACCCUCAGCAUAGCAGAAAAAACGUUAUUGAUAGUCCAAGUCCAUAUAAAGUUGUUGUGAACGUCUCAAAGAAUGAGUACUUUGCUGGACGGACGUACAACUUGACGAUAUCAAAGGUGUACAAUAACUCACCAGAUUUUAAAGGAUUCUUUUGUCAGAUUCGACCAGUGAUGGGAAUUGAUGCUAUUGGUGACUUUGCUUUGCCAGCCUCUAUUAAGGAUAAAGCAAAAGUAUUCGGGUGCAGCACUUCAGAAGACACGGACAAUUUUGAGGCCAAUGCAGUGACCCACAAGAAUAAUAACAGCGUGUCAAGUGUGACUGUUUAUUGGAAAGCUCCUAAACCCGGAUUGGGAAAGAAUGUUGAGCUACAUGCACUGUGUACGGUUGUUCAGUCACAAAUUGUGUACUGGGAACAAGUACAGUCCGCAGAAAGAUUCAAGGAACACGAGCUACUCGGAAGUGCUCCAGGCUCAGACCUUCCUCCAAGAGCUAGUGCAACCUUCACAUCACUUCAUGUUUUGUUGGUUACACUGGUUGUGCUAAUACACGGAGGCUUAAACUACGUAAUGAAUUAAGUGCAUGCAUAGAUACCACAUAGAGCACUGGAAGGUUGUAUCCUUUCGAGUACAUCGUGUGCACUAGAGUAGAUUUUCUAGAGUUUAACUGCUACGUUUGUAUGGACGUUAGACGUAUCUUGAUUGUUGUUGAGGUUCGAACUUGUAGUUGAUAGUGAAUAUUGAUAUCAACGUGUUAUAUAGACAUACUGCUUGUAUCAUACUCAUGAGACUGGAUUCUUAGACUUAUGUGAACUCAAUAAACAGGGAGUGUAGAA